CUCCGCCGGCGGGGCUCGGCUCGGGGAUUCAAGAUGGAGUCGUUGAGUAGAGCUGGGCAGGAGAUGAGUUUGGCGGCUCUGAAACAACAUGACCCUUACAUCACCAGCAUCGCAGACCUCACAGGCCAGGUCGCUCUAUACACCUUCUGCCCUAAAGCCAACCAGUGGGAGAAGACUGAUAUAGAAGGAACCUUAUUUGUAUAUCGAAGGUCAGCUUCACCUCACCAUGGUUUUACCAUUGUAAAUCGACUGAACAUGCACAAUCUAGUGGAACCAGUGAAUAAGGAUUUGGAAUUUCAGCUCCAUGAACCAUUCCUUCUAUACAGAAAUGCAAGCUUGUCAAUAUACAGUAUCUGGUUUUAUGACAAGAAUGACUGUCACCGCAUAGCAAAACUCAUGGCUGAUGUAGUUGAAGAGGAGACACGGAGAUCCCAGCAGGCUGCUCGAGAUAAACAGAGCCCCAGCCAGGCCAAUGGCUGCAGCGAACAGAGACCCAUCGACAUCCUGGAGAUGCUGAGUAGAGCCAAGGAUGAAUAUGAGAGGAAUCAGAUGGGUGACUCAAAUAUCUCCAGCCCUGGGUUACAGCCAAGCACUCAGCUCUCCAAUCUGGGAAGCACCGAGACUUUAGAAGAGGCACUGUCUGGGUCACAAGAUAAGUCUGCCACAUCUGGACACAAACACCUGACUGUAGAAGAGUUAUUUGGAACAUCUUUGCCAAAGGAACAGCCAACAGUUAGGAGUCUGGAUUCAGAAGAGGUAGAGAAGCUUCCAAGAGAUGCUUCCCAGAAAGAGCCUGACUCAUUCCUGCCCUUUCCCUUUGAGCAGUCCAGAGGAGCUCCUCUGUCUGAAAACUUGGGUGUCCAUUCAGCCGCCCACCACACAGUCCAGCCUGAAGUCACCAACCCAGUGCUAAUCACUCCAGCCUCUAUUACCCAGUCUGGAGAAAAGCAUGCCCCGAACUAUACUAUCCCAUUGAGCCCCGUUCUCAGUCCCACUCUGCCAGCUGAAGCUCCUACUGCACAGCUUCCCCCCAGCUUACCUCGUAGCAGCACCAUGAUGCAGGCAGUGAAGACCACGCCUAGACAGAGGUCUCCACUCCUGAAUCAGCCAGUCUCUGAGGUAGGCCACACUAGUCUGAUAACCAGCCAGAGCCCCUUCAGAGCCCCAGUGAUCCUGACAAACACUGCUGGCACAUCCCUCCCAAGUGUUGAUCUACUUCAGAAACUCAGGUUGACCCCACAGCAUGACCAAAUACAGACACAGCCACUUGGGAAAGGUGCAAUGGCACCCAACUUUUCUUCAGCAGCUGGUCAACUGGCCACACCUGAGAGCUUCAUAGAGCCUCCCUCUAAAACAGCAGCAGCAAGAACAGCAGCCUCAGCCUCCCUGGGCAACAUGGUGCUUGCUCCCCUUCAGUCUAUGCAGCAAAACCAGGAGCCUGAAGUCCUUGCCCAGCCUAAGCUGUUAUCCAGUGCCAUCCCGGUUGCCGGCCCUUCACUGGUCACUCCAGCAACCACAGCAGUGUCUUCAGUCCUGCUGUCCCCCAGUGUAUUUCAGCAGACAGUCCCCAGAUCCACAGACCUUGAGAGGAAAACAAGCUCUCCUUCUCCCCUCACUGUUGGAACACCAGAAAAUCAAAGAAAGCCUUCCAUUAUUCUCAGCAAGUCUCAGCUCCAGGAUACAUUAAUACAUUUAAUUAAGAAUGACUCCAGCUUCCUCAGUACACUCCAUGAAGUUUACUUGCAGGUUCUGUCCAAGAGCAAAGACCGCCACAACCCAUGACCCAAGGGAGGUAGAUCUGAAGGCAGAGGGACAGCUGUAAAGACUAAUGUGCUUCGUGGAAUUGUCUUUCUAAACAAAACCUUGAAUUUAAGCCUGUAAGAAAGACUCAUCUCUUCAGGAUGUUUUCCAAGUGGCAUUCUCAGUGAUAAUGGAGUUUCACUGUGAAGCAUCACCAGCAGACCUUUGUUUCAACAACAACAAGCACCAUUGUGUUAAGUCACGUGGGUAUUUUCACCAGCUGUAAGCAGGUGUAUGGAAUAUGGAGUUUGAUUUUCAGCUUGCUUACAAGGACUGGGGGAGGAGUAGCUACCAGCCUUACAGCAAAGCUAAUGGAGUCCACACCCCUUCCCCCACAUCUGCCUCUAAAGCUUGGGCAUUAGGCUGGUAGUCAAGUUCUGAACUGAGUAGUCAGCUCCACAAAGUAGCUUCAAGUUUAAGGAUCGGAGUUUAAGAUAAUUAAGUUAGAAGAUAUUUGUUCAAGUGAAAUAUAUUUUAUAUGAGCACUCCCAUUUGGGCCUUAAAAAUUCUGAGAUUUCUUAGUGUUUCAGAUGUCCCCCAUCCAGCCAUGUAUAGGCUCCAGUGCAAGACUGCUGUGUGAGCAGGGCUCUGUGGUGGGAGGAGGUGUUUCACCUUGAUGCAGAGCCUGAGGCUGCAAGUGUCCAGAUCCUACCAGAAAGCUCCACUUCAACACUAGUGGUUUGGAAACAUUAAGUUUGUGUGUGAUGCACAGCCUUAUUUUUCUUUUCAAUCUAAACAGAAGUCACUAUUAAUUUUUUUCUCUUAACAUGACAAAAAGACCAGCGGACCAAUCUGACAAAGCCAUUUUAGUUCCAUUCCUCAAGUGUACUAAGAACAGUUUUUAAACUAUGCAGAAAAGGGAGCUGUUACUGACACUGCCCUUUGUUGUAGAAUACAGAGUCAAAAAGAAAGUGUGAGAUUCAGAACUUGGCCAGUGUAUUCCUAGGCUGUGAGUACUUUCCAGCCCAAAGUGAAAAUAUGUAAAGUUGCUUUGUUAUGCUGCUAUUGAUCUGCCAUGAUUUAUAUUUAUUCUCUUAUGGCAUGUAAUGGUGUUUAGUAAUAUUUUAAUGUAGAAUUUGAUUUAUCUCUGCAAUAGUAAUUUUAAGAUAUUCUUUGAAUGAAAAGUGUCUUUGUUUCUAUGAUACAGGUCAUUUUGUAGUAUUUAACCAAUUAAGAUGCACUGCUUACUUUUUGGAGCACUAUUUGAUUAUGGGGUAAAAACCCAGUUGGCUCAACCAACUAGUGCAAGGUUAGCUGUGAGUAAUGCUGACAGAUGGGAUGGUUCCUUGGGAACAAUCAUUUAAGCUUUAAUGGGGACUCAACCAUAAGUCCAUAGGUUUCUUUCUAGCUGAAAUUUUAGAAUAUUACUUAUGAACUCCAUGUUUUAGUUUUGUCUUUUUUUUUAGCAUAAGGAAUACUUUGAUUGGCUUGUGCUAAUCUAAACAUGCUUCCUAGACAAUGUUUCUGCUUCUCAGUUAGUGUCUUCUAUUGCUGUCUACCUAGUUAUAUGUGAAUUGUGCAGAAUUCAGGGAAACUUACAUUUUUUUCAUACUCACUCAGAAGUUUGUUUUUAAAGAUAGUGUAUAAAUUUAGCGACCAAAAAUGAAUUGCUCAUGUAUCACCUAGGAAACAGAAAGCUGUAGUAAAAAGAGUUUGUGCAGCAAGUGAUGGCACUCAAGGAGCCGCAUGGCCGUUCCGGAAUGAAUUCAGUAGUUUGGGCGUACCCAAGUGUGGUCUCAGUGGACUUCCGCAAACAGGUAAACCAAGGAGUCCUGUAAUAGUGCAAGUUCAGUGAUGCUUUUAUGUCUGUGUAAUAUUAUGAGAGUAAAGAGCAUCCUACAGAAGGUCUGGACCAAAUCUGUUACUUGUUUUACCCUUUAAUCCUAGGAAUGAUUAUCAGUAAAAGAUAAUCUCUGGUAAGGCUUUCUGAGUAUGAACAUAAACUUUUAAGUGCCCAAGUGAUAGAGACUUGAAAAGGAUAAUAAGCCUAUUUCAGCUCCCAAAUUUCUAUAUUCUAAGCAUUCACUUAAAAUUCAGAAGCCAGGAGUUCAUGAUCAUGAUGACUGGGCCAGAAUGAGUCCUCAGAACAUGAGGCUAAGCCUGCAUAGUUGCAGCUGGAUGACGCUGGCUUGAAGUCACAAUCCCAUUGCCUUAUUCCUCAUUCAGUCUUUCUGUCCAGAACCUCUUGCUAGCUUAGGUUGCAUGUUUACAUUGCUAGUGUCUUGACUAGAACCUUAGCCGAAUUGAAAUAUGGACAACAAGGUAGAAAUGCUUCUUGCUAGGUUUUGCAAAACCCUAGGAGACCUGCAUUUAGACCACUCUGUCCAUCUGUGUAGCCACUCCACUCCCUCACCCCCGUUUGGAGUGUAGUAUGUCUGGCACAUCACCAGUAGGUGACAUUGCUCUUCUUGUGUUUAUUCUGGUGUCUUUGAAUGGAUACACCCCACCCAACCCCAAAUACCCUUCCAGAGCGCCUUGUUCCCUUGGCUGUGCAGCUCUUCCGGAGCUCCUGAGGUGUGACAGUUGAACUGCUUGACUUUGAAUCCUAAAUAUCAUAUGUGUCAAGAGAAGCAUUUCGUGCAGUCUGCAUGUGCUUACCUUGGACAGAGUGGUGUUUUGUUCUGAACCCAGGUCAGGAUCCCUUUUUCUACAGGAUACACAGGCUUACUUGAGAAUAUAAACAGCCAGUUUAUGCAUGUGCAAGCAUUUUCUUGUGGAAAUUAUAAACCUCAUUGAAUCCAGUACAGUAAAAAAUUUCAAACCAUACAGCUUCAUUACUGUCUUACCCCAAAGAAUAUAGUUUGAAAUUCUCAUUUCAGUAGUAGAGGCCAUAACUGCCAUUGUAUUAUUAAUAAUGUAACAUGAAAUUGAAGGUGCCUAACUGCUUAAAAAACAAAAUCAGCCAUUACAGUGUAACUCAGAAAGGAAUGAGUGGCAGGAAGGCCCAAGUGGGCUCUGCUGACAGGAACUGUGGACCCAGUCCUGCAGCCUCGCACAGUUUCUGUAGAGCCUGUUUCUUCCUUGCCCUGUUUGGUUUUCUUCAGUUCUGUUCAGAGUACCUGCUGAAACCAGUUAGUGUCCUGUUUUCAAGUAUCUGAAAUGUUAAGAUAUACGCAGAACCUAGCAGCUUACCUCAAGACGGGGUGGAGAGGGCGGGAAUAGAAACAGGUUUUUGUUUGCUUGGUUGGUUUGGUUUUGUUUUUUUUCAAGGUAGUUCUCACUGUAGCCCAGGCUGACCUAGAACUCACUCUAUAGUC